UAGAUUUAAGCCAGAAAUGAUUAAAAUUUUAUUUAUAGUGAUAUUGAUUAAAUAUGGAGGAGCUAUAGAAGAUAUAAAAGAUGUAAGAUGUAAUUAAAAAAUAUAAUUUCCUCUAAAUUAAAAUGAAGGAUUCACAGAAGGAGUUAGGGGAGAAGAUUAAAAUUAUUACUUAUAAACAUACAAAAGGAUAUUAAAAACAAAUAGUGAAUAAUAAACUUUGGCAAUAGUUGAUGAAGCAGAUUCAUCAAAUUAUUCUUGUUAAAGAGUUGUAAAUCAUCCUGAUGGAGUACAUGUAUUUUCAGUAUGUCUUGAAUAUGGAGUAAAACCAUAUGUUAGUGCAUAUAAUUGCAAAGAUAAUAUAUGUUAAUAAGUUGGGUAAACUUAAUAAAUUUGGAAUUGUGGAGAUUAGUUUUCAAAAUUAGAAGUGAUAGGAAACACAUUUGUAGUGUUAAAUGCAUAAAGAGAUUAUCCAUUUUAUUCAAAUGAUUAAGGUAGAGUGAUGUUAAUGAAUUAUGUUUUAACAGAGGAUACUUUUUAUUUAAAGAUUCCAUCUUAUUAUUUAGAUUUUUAUUUUUUUGGAUUGAUAAAUAAAAUAGAUAUAGUUGAUUUUAGUAUUCAUUAAUAUGAAGAAGAAGGAUUGUAAAUGAUUAAAAUGUUUUUGUCUGAUAGAGAUAAUGGAUUAUUGUGGGUAGAUUGUUAGUUGAAAUAAAAUUAAUUAAUACCAACAUCUAAAGGCAGAAUUGAACUGAGACCUUACAUUUUUAUGAAACCUUAAUAAAUAUUUUUGACAAGCAGAUUUAUUUCUAAAAAUAAUAAUUAAUAUGAUAUAUUAGUUGCUUCAAAUAAUAAUGAUCAUCAUAUUGUAACUGUAAUUUUUGAAAAUGAUUAAGUGAGUCAAUUUUUCAUAAAGACUUCUCUUAAUUAAUAUUUAGAUUGGCAUGCUAUGAAUAGAUUGGAUGUAUAUAAGAGUUAUUUUGCAAUAACAUAUUGGUCACCAAAUAACAUAUCAGCUAUAAGUAUCUAUAAAUUAUCAGAAAAUUCAAAAAAUCAAGCUCUAUCUACAUAACCUAUUUAUACAAUAUUGCUAACAUAACAAACUUAUUCAGUUGUAUUUUUUGGAGAGAAUAACAAUUAAGAAAUAGUUUUAAAUUAUAGAUCAUAAAAUAAUGAGAUAACUCAAUGUAAAUUAAGUUGA